AUGGUUGCACUUGCUCUACUCACGUCGGUCAACACCAUUCACAAGAAAGGCUAUGCAGGGCUUCCACUCGAGGAUGGCACAUCUGAUGGGAUACAUAUUGGAGUCCGGGGCUGUGGUAAUAGCAGUUGGGAUGUCGUUUUUACAGACUUUAGCAAGAUCUGCGGUAUCCAAGAUGAAGGGUAUAGCACUCAGCUUGAUAAUGAUAUCAACAAUGUUAUGGCAAUUCUGGAACACAUGGCGCAGAAUUGUGAUCAGCAUCAAGGAACUGUUGCAGAGUCUCUUCGAGGAGUUGCUACUGAGUUGAGGCGUACUGGUUCUCUUGGGCUUGCUAUUAAUACCCUCGAAGCCCAAGCCAAGUGA